AUGCCGAUGAUAAAUAUAGUGUCCACUUUUUCUUGCACUAAGCACAUACAACUUACCCUACCUACGCUAAAAACUUGCCAAGUUGCCAACAACUAUCCUCAAGUUUCAUUGCGAGGAUCCAAAGUAUCUAUCUCAUCUUCAGCGGAUGAACCUCCGUCCAAGAAGUCUGCUCCAUCAAUACGACUUCAUGCCGGCUUCAAAUGGAACCUGCAGGCGCUGGCUAAGGCCGCUGAUGCUGUGGAAUGCGGAGACAAAUCUCCAGUGUCAGCUCUCAAUGAGCUCGGUGUCCGAGUGUCCUACACCGUUCUGCGACACUCAGGCCCAGCACAUUGUCCAAGCUUCACUGUGGCCGUCACCGUGGCAGACAUGACGUUUGAGGGCUGGGGUCAUAGUAAACGCGAGGCGCGUGCAUCUGCCGCCCGUGCGUGUUUAGGGGCGUUAUUAGCGCGUGCGGGGAGAGUAUUAGGCGCUCCCGGGCCACAACCCGACUUCACCAGUGACGAACCACCAAAAUUUCCUGUAUCGGAGUUUCAAUGCUUGGAAACCAAGAUUCAGCAACAGGAAGCGAACAACAAACCAUCACCGCCGCCCGGUCUUUUCGGCGCGUCUGUCGUCCCAGUUCAUAAGAGCCCCAUAAACACUUUGUACGAGAACUACCCCGGACUGACGUUCACAUGCACUUAUGGAGAUGGCACGCCAUUAAAUGCACCACAAGCUCCAAUGCAGCUCAGCCAUAGCAUGAGGUUCAAGGUCGUCUGUCAGAUAAAAGAUAAGAGAUUUGAAGGUUACGGCUCGAGUAAGAAGCUCGCCAAGCUAGCGGCGGCCCGCGUGGCGCUAGGCGAGCUGACUCACGUCAUUAAAGAUGCCAAUGAACAGUCGCGAGCGCUAGCACUGCCACAGCUUUUGGCUGAUCAUGUCGCUAAAUUGGUGAAUGAGAAGUUUAAUGAACUCAUGAAGGGAGAUGCGACUCAUUCAAGACGGAAGGUGUUAGCCGGUAUUGUCAUCACUAUUGACAAUAAGAUAGAAGGAGCUAAGGUGAUAGCUGUCACUACUGGGACUAAAUGUGUCUCUGGCGAACACAUGUCAGUAAGGGGGCGGGCUGUUAAUGACUGUCAUGCUGAGGUUGCAGCGAGAAGGUGUUUUCAAAGACAUUUAUACGCCCAGUUAUUAAUGUACGCAAAUUCUGAAGACCCAUCAGUUCUCAUCCCGGAUUCAGACCUGGAGCCGGUUCCAGGUGGUGGUUACCAGCUGAAACCUGACAGACAGAUACACCUGUACGUGUCCACCGCGCCCUGCGGAGACGGCAGGAUCUUCAGCCCUCACGAACACCAUGAUACUGAACCUGAUAGACAUCCGAACAGAUUGGCGCGCGGUCAGCUGAGGACGAAGAUAGAGUCUGGUGAAGGAACUAUACCGGUGAAGAAUAGCACUAAUAUUGUGCAGACAUGGGACGGAGUUUUGCAGGGAGAACGUCUUCUAACUAUGUCAUGUUCAGACAAAGUCGCCCGCUGGUGUGUGGUCGGCCUACAGGGGGCGCUACUGUCUAGACUCAUGAGACCGGUCUACUUGAACUCACUAGUGCUUGCCUCCCUGCUUCACACUCAUCAUUUGUACCGGUGUUGA